AUGUCGUCCAGCAGUAGCAAGAUCCAAGAACUCUCGGCGUACAUGGGCUACCGGCUCAAGGUCGCGUCCGUGGACACGAGUGGCGAUGGGUACACGCGGCUGUCGGUCACGAAUGUUGGGAUUGCGCCGACGCUGUACGACCUCAAUGUCGUGCACGAGAAUGUCACGUUUGAGCCGAGCCUAGCGCAACUAAAGCCGGGAGCGAGCCGGUAUGUGUAUGGCAAUGCAGUGUCAUUGCGUUAA